AUGCGGUCCUUCUUGAGGGGUCCCUGUAGGAGAGAGAGAGGAGCCAUCAGCUCUGAGCAGAGGCGGGCAGCGGGUCUGCUGUGGGCCAGGAGGCCAUUGUUCCCAGAGAGUGAACAGGGAGCCAGCACAAACAGGCACUGCUCCCCUGCCUCACUGGGGGUCGCUCUGGCACUGGAAUGGAACCCGAGUCCACAUGGGGAGCUGAACCAGGUUACGAACAGUGCAGGAAAAUACACACACACAGGGCCGGGCCUCACCAUGAAGGCCUUCUUCUCCUCCACCGUCUGGAAGCGCCCGUGGCCGAACUUGGAGGUGGUGUCGAUGAACUUGAGGUCGAUCUUCUCCAGCGCGCGGCGGCUCAGUCAGGACCCUCUUCUUGGUCCCCACCACGCAGCCCUUCACCAUCACAAAGUCGUUGGUCACAUCUCCGUAGUGGACGAAGCCGCCCUGUGGUUUCAAACGCAGCAAGUCGUACUCGGUGGAGGCGUUGUUCUUCACCAGCUUGCCGUCCUUGGUGUGGUAGCCCUGGCCGAUCUUGUAGAUCUUCUUGUUGAUCUCCGUGCGGUGGUGGUAGCCCUUCUGACCGGCGCGGGCCACAGAGAAGGCCACGCGGGCAGGAUGCCAGGCCCCGAUGCAGGCCACCUUCCUCAGACCACGAUGGACGGUGUUGACCUGCACGGCCUGCUCCAGCUUCUCGCGGGCCCAGUCCACUUUGUCGGAGAUGGAGCCUCCGUUCAGCUGCACCUCCAUGAGACUGUGGGAGGCCAAUACGAGCUAAAAUGGGGGUGGGGGGGUACUGACCUGCGUGUGGGUGAUGACGCGGACCACCUGGCAGUACUUCUUCAUGGCGGAGAAGUCUUUCUCCAGCUGCUUCUUGCCCUCGUCGUCCUGCCACUUCUUGCUGUACUUGAAGCGGCGCUUGCACUCGUCGCUGAUGUGCUCGGCGAAGAUGGUCUUGAAGGAGCGCAGGCCUCGGGGGGUGUUCACGUAGCCCACCACGCCAACCACCACCAUGGGGGGGGUCUCCACGAUGGUCACCGCCUCCACCACCUCCUUUUUGUUCACCUCUGUGUUGCGACAGCACAUUACAGACUGGAAGGCCGUCAGGUGCACGGGCUUGCUGGGGUCAUCCUUGGGGAAGCUCUUGACCUUUCCACGGUGGCGUCGGCUCCUCUUGCGGGGCAGGAAGCCCAGAGAGCCGUGACGCGGCGCCGAGAACUUACGGUGGGACUGCGGGGAGAAGGAGAGGUUAGCAUGCUAACCCCAAUGGACGCACAUGUGCUCAAGUCCCUCAAACAAAACUGGCAGAAAUUACCUAAAAUUGGCCACUCGGCCCUGAACAGAGGGCAGAAUCACACCUGCAAAAAGGCCCCUGUAGCCCAGCUCUGCCCAGAUCUCCUUCAUUAUGUGCCAGAACUCACGUCUGGCGAGGCCUCCGGCGAGGAGCGGCACGUGGCUGCCCUGCAGGCCCACCCCGAAGAGCAGGAAGUCACGCAGCUGGUCGUAGCAGACGUAGAUGUGGUCCAUCAGCCCGUUGCAGUACAGGAAGCACUUCCCUGGACAGGAGGACAGGCAGAGGAGCGGUCAGAGGACAGACAGCGGUCAGCCGGCUCUGGCCGGGGAGCCCCGCUGGGCAGGAUCCCAGCAGAUUAUUAA